AUGAACAAUUCACAAGUGCCCACUGAUGCACCAGACCUGCUGACAGAGGAACUUCCUGCACUGAUUGCCAUGACGGUAUACAUGUCACUGUUGGCAAUCAUGGGCCUCAUCGGGAACAUCCUGGUCAUUGUUUCCGUGGCUAUUUCGCCCCGCCUCCGGACCACCUCCUACGCGUUCAUUGUCAACCUCAGCGUGACUGACCUCGCGGUGAAUGUCCUGGUCAUUCCAGUCAUGACGGUGUCCUUCUACAACUACGGCUGGCCCCACAUCCCAUUCUGGUGUCGCUUCGUUGCCUACAUCUUCUUAUUGACCAUUGGCAUCUCCUUCGUGACCCUAACCAUGAUUGCUGCGAAUCGUUACAGUCUAUUUUUCUACAAGGCUACUGUCCGCUACGACACAGUUCUCCGCUUCUGCUACCCAGACAGCAGCGAACACACCACCUAUUGGUACCUGAGUGCCAUCUUAAUCUACGGCACACUAAUCGGAUUCGUCCUCAUUCCGAUACUGUACUGCAAGACGUUCCACUCCUUGCAGCUGAUCUGGCCCGUGAACGUUGUUGUGAUACCCCUGAUUGCUAUCUCGUUCUUCAACUACGGAUGGCCCUAUGAGCCCUCCUGGUGCUGCGUUGUGGCCAACAUGUUCUUCCUCACCCUGGGAAGCUCCCUGAUCACCCUGACGAUGGUCGCUGCCAAUAGGUACAGUCUGGUGUCCUGCUCCAGGAUAUCCUACCGCAGGUACUGCGGCUGGCAAGGCACCACGUUUGUCCUCCUCUUCAACUGGUUUGGUGGCAUCUUGCUGAUCGUGUUGGCAAAAGUCACAGGAAUUUCCACGGUGCACUACAACCCAAACGCCCGUUUCUGCUACCUGGACAGCAGUGUGCACAAAACGUACUGGUACACAUCGGGCGUGCUGAUCUACUUUGCUCUGAUGUGUUUCUUGCUCAUCCCAAUCCUGUACUGUAAGACGUUCCGCACGCUGCGUGCCAGCCAGAGGCGGGCACAUUCCUGGGCUACGCAGACUACAACGCGAAGCAUCGACUCCGUAAAACCCAGAAGAAAUGUCUUGCAUCCAGCUGAAAUCAAACUCACUAAACUGAUUGCUGUGAUUUUCAUUGUGAUCAUCAUAUGCUGGACACCGGUGUGGAUAACAAACUUCUUCAAGCUAAAUUAUAAUAUUCCAGAAGCCGUCGAGCGAGUUGGAAUAAUGCUUGUGCUGACUAACUCCUCAAUCAACCCAUACCUCUACGCUUGGCUCAAUAAGAACUUCCUGCAAGCGUACAAGAGGAUUUUACGCUGUGGGCGAAACCCUAGGGUUCAUAAUUUGCAAGUUAUUGUCUAG